AUGGCUGCCUCUUCUACCGCCACAAUUGGCUCCUACGAGCUGACGUCUCGCGCAAUCAACGAGCCCCCUGCCGCUGCGGUCAGUGAGGGAUCGGGUAUUUUUGACGAAACUCGGAGGCUUGGCUCUCGCUACGGUGAAGAUUACUCAGACGGUGGUGUUGAGAGCGUCGCGGCGCAGAAUGCUUCCGCGGAGGUUGCUGAGAACUGGAAAUAUCCCCGCCAAAAUGUUUUCAGGACCGGAGCGGCGUUUUGGAGUCUUUUGACCUCCGGGGCUAAUGAUGCUGCAUACGGUCUAGAAGAAUAUUACAACUUGAGUUACAUCAUAGUGUCUCUUGUUUUCCUCUCGCCCUUUGUUGGCUAUAUAUUGGCAGCAGUAUUGAACAAUACCCUGCAUCGACGGAUUGGGCAGCGAGGAAUUGGUAUUACCUGUGGAAUUUGCCAUAUUCUCGCCUACAUCAUUAUCGCUGUUCACCCUCCGUACCCAGUCUUGGUUCUUGCGUACUGUCUCGCUGGUUUCGGAAACGGAAUCAGUGAUGCUGCUUGGAAUGCCUGGAUUGGCAAUCUCGAUAGGGCUAAUGAGACUCUUGGCUUCCUUCAUGCCUUUUACGGCGUUGGAGGAGUCAUCAGUCCUCUUAUCGCAACUAACAUGAUCGCAAAGGCUAACUUGCCUUGGUAUACAUUCUACUAUGUUAUGAUCGGGCUGGCCACUAUCGAAUUUGUCACUUGCACCUGGGCAUUCUGGCCCAAUGGCCCAGAGGUCUAUCGUCAAACCAUGGACGCCAGCAACGAGGAAAACCAGGGCAUGAAGGAAGCCUUGUUCAAGCUUCCUUUCGCUCGUGUUACUUGGCUUUGUGCCGCAUUCCUCCUCUGCUACGUUGGCGUUGAGGUUUCUGUCGGUGGCUGGAUCGUCCAAUUCAUGAUUCGCGUGCGAAAGGCUGAGAACUACCCAGCCGGUAUGACCUCCAUGGGCUUCUGGCUGGGUCUCGCCGUUGGCCGUGCUAUCCUGGGGUUCGUGACUCCGCUCCUUAGUGUCAAAGUUGCAGUGUCUCUGUAUCUGCCUGCCGCUAUGGCACUGCAGCUAAUCUUCUGGCUGGUUCCGAGCUUUUAUGUCUCGGCAGUAACAGUAGCACUCCAGGGAUUCUUCCUCGGUCCAUUAUUCCCUGCAGUAGUCGUUGCUACUACGAAGAUGCUGCCCAAGCACUUGCAUGUUAGUACUAUUGGUUUUGCAGCUGCUUUUGGUGGUAGUGGUGCCGCGAUUCUUCCUUUUGCCGUGGGUGCUAUUGCUCAAGCCAAGGGAGUCAAGACUCUUCAGCCGAUUAUCUUGGCUCUCUUGACUGCAUUGCUAGGACUUUGGCUAUGUCUCCCAAGAAUUGGCAAGAAAAGGGAUUAA